UUGAUAGCUGUAUCAACUGAUAUCCGAAAGUAGUGAAAUUUUGGAAAAAUGAUAAUGAAGACAAAUUGAUUUACAUUUAUUGGGCAUCAGUAAUUAGUAAUAUGAUUUUUGUGGUAAUGGUAGAGUUAUGAUGGUUGGGCCUUCAGUCUCUUGAAUGUUCUUAUUCAAGAUUGUAAUGAUGUUAGGGAAAUCCCAUGGAAUGCAUUGAAAAAUGUUAGUGAAAGACCUUUUAAACUGUCUUUUACAGCCUUGUGUUUGUUUUGUGCACACUAAAACAAAUUAUUUUAUUAAGAUUAUAGGGGUGUCUUGUUUAGCAGAUUACCAUCAUAUGGUUUAAUCCCAUGUGUAUAGCACAAUAUAGAUUAGGUUUAGCCAGCAUCCUAUUUUAUGGCAUUUUUGGUGGCUCUCUUGUGCCUGUGUGGUGUUUAUUUGGUCAACAAAUUGAUCAAUAUCUGCCUGGGCCAGCCACUCCCCAACAUAUGGUGUGGUGGGCUAAGGGUAGUUCUCUAGGAUCAAAUAUUCAAAGUGGCUCUUCAAAUUCAAUUGCUAGAACCGCUGUUAAGCUAGCAAGUUAUUGAUCACUUUGUUUGUUCGAAAAUCAUAUUGAACUUUUGUUCCAUGCAAGAUGAAGAAAACAUCAACAACUUAUGCCAAGUCAGUGGUCCUUUAAUUUGAGAGGUAAAUGUGUCUAGCAGCCACUAGGACCCUUCCUUUUCUUAUUUGGAAAUUUUGUUGUUUUCCUUUUUGCUGAAGAAAUUUGUUUAUUUGGAAAUUUUGUUGUUGAAUCAGUUAUUAGCAAAUAUACUCCUUGAAAUUUAGUGUCCUUACCAUGAAGUUAUCAACUGGCACUGGAAUCCAUAAACUGGUUCAUACAAAAAGGUCUCAGUAUGCAUAAGGUCUUAUCUCUUUUAUUAGACUGCAUCCUAUAUAAAUAUAUUUUAUAUGAACUAACAUCCAGGACUCAAGACACAAACAAAAACUGGUAAAUGUUCUAUUAGUUCUGUGUUUGUAACUAGUAUGAUAUGCUUGCCAGGUUAUGUCGAACAAGGAGGCAGUUGAUUUGGUGAAGGGCAUAAAGGAUCCUCAAGCAGCAGCUAAGCGCUUAACGAUGGAAGCAUUGGCGAGAAAGAGUAAAGACGACAUAUCAUGCAUUGUCAUCCGUUUCGGUUGAUGCUACCAAAGCCAUUGGUUGCUUUCAUUUGGUUGGUUUGAUUUUGAAUGUGUAAAUAGGAGAACUCGUACUCUCAGAGAGCCUUUCAUAUGCAAUAACUCUGUUUGUAGAGAUGGUCAAGAGAGAGCAGUGUGAUGCAUUUUUUUGGUCAUGUCCAUACACAGGUCUGAAUGAGGAAUAGUUGUUUGGAUUUAGUUGCUAGGGUGAUUGAUUUGAUACUAGAUAUAAAUAAGAUAUAUGAUAUGGAUACUUGCAUAUUUUGCGUGUCAUAUUCUCCAUCUCCACCAUCUUCUCUCUUCCCCCAAAUCUUCAAAGGAAGUUAAAGUUUCUGACUGAUACACCAGCAACCAUUAUCACUGUCAACUGCUGGUUUGCAAUAUAGAUGGCAAAAUAAU